GUAUAUUUAGACUGGUAGAAGGCGAAUUUAAACAACUAAGUUCGAGUGAGACAAACCAACUGAGACUACAAUACAAAAUGGCUAGCACACAACCUCCCUACUACACCUCUUCCUUUGGAAACCCCAACCAAGAUCUCAACUCAACCACACCAACCGGAACCUACAUUGGCGAGACUGGCACCGGCACCGCAGCCAACACCACAGAUCCACGCACCGGUCCAGCACCUUCAGCCGCAGGCCCGCACCGCACCGACACGGGCAACGCAGCAGACCCCCGCGUCGACAGCGACCUGAACAACCGCGCACAAUACGCACCGGGAACAACAACCUCGGGAACCGUCCACCCAGGCACAAACCAGGGGGUGUCCAACCCGGAGAACACCAGGAACAGCGGACCGCAUCGAUCGUCGAUCUUGAACAAGCUUGAUCCCCGCGUUGACAGCCAAACGGGGAAUACAACGACCAAGUCCACGAAUAUGACUGGCUCCGGUGCUGGACGGACGGCUACGUAUGCGGAUACCACGCCUGAUGCUGCAGCGGGGAGUAUCGCGGGUGGUGGUUCCUCGACGGGAGGUGCCGGUGGUGCCCCUGGAGUGAGGGAUACGCGCUCGCAUUAUGACCCUAACACGACGGGGUAUAACCCUGCUACCGGGUCUGGGUAUUCGACUAGUGGCGCGGGGUACCAACCCAGUCAUUCCGGGGAUAGCUACAACCCGAGCUCACAGGACUAUCGGGCCGAGUAUGCAUCCAGCACGGCGAAUAAGUCUGCUGGAACGGAAGACAGCAAGGCGGGACGUGUGGGGGACGAUUUCGGGAAGGGGAUUCAGAAUGCAUAUUCGGGUGUUCAUGGCGCCGGAGAGAGUCUGCGUGGUGCGUUGAACGCUGCGGUUGAUCGGACAUUCGGCAGUCCGGAGGGUGUUGAGAAGAACCAGGGCAUUGCCCGGAAGGGUGAAGAUGAGAUGAGGUCUGGACUGUCGCGGUGAUUUACAUGUGAUUAUAUUUUAUUGAUGAGUUAUGAUUGCUACGGAGGAUACCAGUAAUUAUUUGUAUUUUAUUGAAUUAUAUUGAAUUAAUCCAUUC